AUGGACUCUACUCGGGACUCUAUACAAUGCAAGGUGUCAUUAGUAGACGUGAGCACACUAGCCAGUGGAGACACUGCGCCACCUCAGGAUCUAGGACAGAAUGAGAGGUGUCUUGCGCCGCCGCAAGAGCACCAUGCCGUGCCUCCGCCACUGAGCACCGCGUCCAUUACCCCGCUGAUCUCUCUUGCCUCAUCGGCGAACGGCGCGUCACCAUCCGCCACAGCCAACGCAACGCUCCUGACGUCCAGUCGUCUGGAGCUCGCCAAAACGCACCGAAUGGCUGAGUCCGCGUCGUCUAUGCCGUCCAGCUGUGGUGCCACCACGGAGACAGAGACCCGCUUUGGUGACAUUCCGAGCCACGUUGCGGCACCGGUCUGGAAGUCUUCCUCCUGCCUGCUCUCGUCGCACCCCUGUGCCACCGUCACCGGGGGCCCGCGACGCCUCACAUCACACAACAGCUCCUCCACAGAGGGCACACUGGUGCAGUCGCGCAAGGUGGAAAGGAUGCGAGGGCUAUCGCUUCGCUUCUCCACCACAUCACCCCACGCUCUCCACCCCUCGGCUUCUUCCCUCACCCCCCGUGAGGAGGCCACGCAGUUUGGGGAGCGAGUCAGUCAGGCGGCGUCGAGCAGGGCCACCUCCUCGACGCCGCUUCUGUGCUGUGGCUUAUCACAGUCGCACGCGAGCGAGCAGGAGCGGCGAGCGUCGUCGGCGGAAACCUUCCUAGCAAUGGUACCACUACUGAAUGACGACAUGACAGCUUCCUCAUCGAAGCCAUUGUUGCCUACGGCGGUGCUCCCCACAGUAGUGCCCUGCGCCGUGCCACUCAGGUCAAGCGAUGCUGGGGAAGCGCAAAGAGUUGCUUCACCUCCGGUGCUUCCCAGUGAAAGCCCCACCGACCUCGCCACUGGGGCAGCGACGCGAUGUACGCCGCAGAGGCGCAGCCGCUCGUUCGACAUACCGUUCACCUUCACCACUAGCAUGAGUGGCGGCAGCUGCGGUGACCUAUCGCGAUGCUACGCAAAGCAACGCGAGUUGUCCACCGUCCCCACUGGUGCUCUUUCUAGCGAGCAGGUCACCGAACUCCAUGGCAACAGGCGCCGUCUACCGUCGUUCAUGUGCUCGCCGGAGUCUGCAGGAGCCUUGUCAGCGCUGAGAACGCAAGUGGUCACUGUGGCAAACCCCGCAACGGCACAUUGCCAUAGCACCAACGGAGGCGGUACCACUGCCACAUUCAGCUGCAAUACAAGCACAAACGACGGGGAAGCCGAGACACUGCCACGUGUGGGCCCUGAACUGCGACGUACCAUAUCCUGCGAUACCCUGGCUUCGAUCAGCUCUUCGCGCUCCAGGCCAGUGCUCACGCCCGCCGCGCAUGGACCGCCGGGGGGUCUUAGCGCCGCGUCUGGUGCAGCAUCGACCACCACAAGGAGUGUAACGUACACGCGCCAGAAUGUAUGCCUCGGGGCACUGGACUUUUACGGAAACCCUGUCAUGUCUCUCUCUUCACUGCUCGUGCAGAUGUCGCUGCAGUCUGGCGAUCACGAGGAACCAGACCCGCCUGAGAUGGGGGUCGGUGCAGUUCCUCCCUACCCGCUAACCCAGCAGCAGCAGCAGCAGCGAAACACUCUAUCCAUGCAAAAUUUAAUGGUGCACACGCAGCAAGUGGGCCAGAUGGCUCCAGAGGACAAGGUGAAGCGAUUGCACGCGAAGCCAGACGGUGGCGGUCUCGGCAUGCACAGAGCAACGGGUAUCGCGAUCCCGCACCGGCGCCGCGCCUGCACCAAGGCCGGCUCUACGACAGCGACCGUGUCUACCUCGACCUCACCAUUCACCACCGCCGCCGCCGCGCCGGCUGCAAAGCCACAGGUCGGUUCGCUGAAGGAUGUUUUGCAGGAAUGUAACUUUCUCUCCCUCAAGGACGUGCUGAGCGCUAUCGCCGACACGCAUGUGCAUGAGCUGCGCGAGGCGCAGCAGCGACUGAGCAGCAUUCCUGCUGGCAGUAGCGAUGUGAGAGAUGUUGAUGGGUUCUUAGCCUCGACGACGACCGCGCCGGUGAUGGGGAACCAGCUUCCUCCGUGCGUAGCCUCGGUGUUAUCGAAGGCCGACGAGACAGCCGCCACUGCGCCCUGUCGUCUCGGUGGGACGGGGUCAGAGUGGACAUGCACCUCGACCGCCCGAGAAGGUGAUUGUGGCGCCUGCCUAAGCACCAGUGCUAGUACCGACACCACAUGCGUCCCCGUUUUGCACCCCUCUGUUAGCUCUAUGGACCCGCAGCAGGUUUUGACACUUGCGGCGGCCAUUACAGAGGUUUCGCUGAACCUCGACCGUAGCACUGAGGCUUCGUUUGCUGACUCCAUCACGGUGGCCGCCUCUUCACCGCCACCGCCUUCUGUUGCGAGCCGCACACGACUCACUGGGCGAAAAAGUGCACCUACCGGAGGCUGCUCCGUGGGCGACCGCAUUAGCUCAGCCGACUUCAGCGCAUCAUACCCAACCUUGCUCGGCGAGACUGUAACUGCCGGUGUUGCCGUGUCGCCUCCGUCCAUUGCCACGCCAUCGAGGCCGCGGUCUGCCGUCUCAGUGGUGUCCGGCCUCUCUACUGCAAUCGCCGAUGCCAGCCACCGAGUUUGCGCUGCUUCAGAAGCCUUUCCCACUACCGCCGCAUCAGCGGCAGCGAUAGAUGAUGUCCCCGAGACCCCUGAUUACCGAUUUGAUCCCCUGGAGCGCAAGGUGCUCCUGUGCCAGUCGAGCGAGGACGUGGACGACGGUGUGAAGGGUGGAAUGUGGGAAUGCCCAGUGGACCGCACCAUGCACACACCGCUCUCUUCGCCGCUGAAGACAACUGCAGUCGUCUCUUUCGCGACGGCCGCCUCGGCAGAUGAAGCCCGUUUCUCUACAGCAGCUUCGACGCUGGCUCACCAGCACGGAGGACGGUACGUCGCCAACUGGCACGGUCUGUCGUCAGGUGAGGAGGUACCAGUCAGGGCAGCGACGCUGUGCAGCGCCACUGUCGCUGAUGCGAUGCCGCAUUCGACGCGGCCGCCGGUGCUACAGCCGCAUAUGGAGCCUCGAAUGGGCACAGACUGCGGCGCCUGUGGCAGAAGUUGUGUGGGGAAACUGGAGCACGAUGGAGACCCGACCGGGCCCGUUAGAGGGGCCUCGUCGCAGAAGGCGAGUAUCACUGCCGGAGGCUCUUUGGCGAGCUUCGGCGAUAUUCGUGUGGUGAUCGCCUCCAUUGCGUGUCUCUCCUUUGAUGACGAGCUCAGCACCGUCUCGCAGCUGCGGCAGUGGGCCCGGAGCGUUUCGCCGCUUGUCCACCUGCAGCCAAGCACCGACACCGAAGUCGUCACGUAG